UCCGUCUGAGUGGCGGCGCCUCCUCGGGCGGCAGGCGGGACUUGGGCGCUGGAGCCGAGGGAGAGCGGAGAGGACCGGCGGACGGAGCGACGGACUGACGGCCGGGCGACGCCGGGACGGAAUGACGGUGCAGCACCCCUGAUUUUGGACUCGCCUUCCUAAGCCGACAGCUGCCUCCUCCUGGCCGGAGCCCUUCAGGAUGUCCUCCUUGCGCCGCCUGGCCGCCUGCCUGCAGGAUUCGGAGAAGGUCGCUGCUUUCCAGAGGCUCUGCGGCGUGCAAGCACCCCCAGAGUGGGGGGCUGCCCUCUCUCCCCCCCGGCCCCUGGAGCCCGGGGCCCUGGUGGCCAACGGGAGCUGCCCGCCCACCCAGCCAGAUGGCGCCAGCGACGGGAGGUGCCGCUUCCAAGGCCCCUGCAGUGUGGGCGAGAAGGGUGACGUGUGGCACUCGAACGGGGUGCUCUCCGGGGGAGCCUGCAGUGGGGUGGAAGCCCAGAUCAAGGCCCCAAAGAAAGAGGAGAAGCCUGGGCUCGGGGUUCCCAAAAAGCAGCCUCGUCGCAACUCUCUGACUGGGGAAAUGCUAUGCCAGGAUUUCUCCAUCCGCAGCCCCUUCCUCUAUUACAUGUUCAGCCUGGGCACGGAGCUGGGCAAUGAGCUCUUCUACAUCCUAUUUUUCCCCUUCUGCAUCUGGAACCUGGAUGCUUGGCUGGGCAGGAGGCUCAUCAUCGUUUGGGUCUGGGUCAUGUACCUGGGCCAGUGUACCAAGGAUCUUAUCCGCUGGCCGAGACCUGCAUCCCCACCCGUGGUCAAGCUGGAGGUUUUCUACAACUCCGAGUACAGCAUGCCCUCUACGCAUGCCAUGUCUGGCACUGCCAUCCCAGUGACAUUACUGUUGUUCAGCUAUGGACGGUGGCAGUAUCCUUUGGCAUAUGGACUGAUUCUUGCCAUCUGCUGGUGUUCUCUGGUUUGUUUUAGCCGAAUAUAUAUGGGAAUGCAUUCAAUUCUGGAUGUCAUCGCUGGAUUCUUUUACGCUCUUCUCAUCUUAGCUGUCUUCCUUCCACUUGUGGACCUAGUUGACAGCUUCAACUUAACCUGCAAGUACGCGCCCCUAAUUAUCAUCAGUCUCCAUCUUGCCUUGGGGAUUUUCUCCUUCACUCUUGACACUUGGAGCACCUCACGAGGAGACACUGCUCAGAUCCUGGGCUGCGGUGCCGGCGUUGCGUGUGGCUCUCAUGUUACCUACAUGCUGAGCCUGACUCCGGAUCCUUCGCCGGAGAUGCUUCCCUUGCUGCCCCCGUCCCUCACCGUGACUCUCUUUGGAAAAGCCAUGUUGCGUUUGCUGAUUGGAGUGGUGAUUCUGUUGCUAACAAAGUGGGCCAUGAAGAAGGUCACCAUCCCACUGGCCUGUAAAAUCUUCCGCAUCCCUUGUGACGAUAUUCGGCAGGCGCGGCAACGCAUGGAGGUGGAGCUGCCUUAUCGCUACUUCACCUAUGGAAUGGUGGGGUUCGCGCUGACUUUCUUGAUUCCCUCCCUCUUUCGCGUCAUGGGUCUGUCCUGAUGCAGGUGUUUUUUCCUUGGCAUGGGAAGGGAGGCAAGCAGCGGACAUUGUGAGAGAAGGUGCACCGUUUGAGAAGCACAGAGAUGCGCUUUUGUGCUGCCUCUGCUGAAAUAGCACGGGGCAAGCAAAGAGGGCUCCAGUCUUCGAUCAUAGAGUUAAGAGACCUAGAAGCUUCAGGUCCCUGAGAAAUGCCAUGUCUAGUCUUACUGUUGUAACAAAAUGUAAACUCUGUGUAUGUGUAUGCAUAUAUACUGUCGAUGCCUCAAACUUAUAAACGUACCUCUCUCUUUAUUUGGACAUGUGUAAAACUGGUUAUGUUUCUAGUUGAUCCAAAAGUUUGAUUUGUGGUCAGUUCAAGCCAUUUCAUACUAAGUUAUUUGUUUCUUCGGACCACAAACUGCUCUGGUGGAAAAGCUUGUUACCUCAGCACUUCCAAAUGUUUUGCGUAGGAAGGAAGCUGUUCUAAUGGACCAAAAUUUUAAUGAGAGAACCUGGUAUUUAAGAGUCUUUUCCAUAUUCUAAAACAUCGUUAAUUUGUCAAUACAAACCAGUUACAUUCAGGUACUGUAUCCUUUUUUCUUUUUUUCUUUUUGCUUGAUAAUUGUGCCUUUCUGUUGCUAAAUUAAAAAGCACCAUAUACUGUGAUGUAUAUAAAAAAGCCCACAACUAUUUUAAAUUUUUACUGAAUUAGGCAGAUAUUUUAAAAUGUAACCAGCCACAUAACUAAAAAAAAUAAAAGAUUUAUCUUCUGUAUUAAAAGUUUGAAAACCAAUUGAACUGAAAUUUACAUUGGUGUUCGCUAGCUGUGAACCUGAUGCUUACUUGCUUUUUAUAGGUAUUUUUAAAGUGCCGUGUAUGCUGUUGGAAGAACAUAUAUUUUUCUGCUGUCUUAAUUUAUAAUAUAGUUAUGCUAUAUCCAAAAGAGAGAGAGAGUGCUGAAAAUUACAAAUUCGAACCAUGUGUAUGUUAGCGCCAAACAAUUACUUCCGCAUCAUUUUCUUCAGACUCAUUUCAGAUUGAUCAGCCUUCUUAAUGCUGGCUUUGGAAGGAACCUGUACAAAACUUGCAUAUUAUCAGUUAACUCUUGUUUUCCAAAAGUGUUAGAUAGCAGCAAUACAAUGUCAAGAGUGAUCACUUAAAUGUGGCUGACUCUUCUGUGGAAGUUGGGUGCUUCAUUAUGGACGUUCUGUCUAUAGUUGCGUUGCCCAAUAGAGUUGGCACGCGGCCGAGUAGAACUAUGGCAGGCUAUUCUUCUGACAACUUACUGGCAGCAGUGUCUUCUGAUGUGGCUUGCUGUCUCAAGGUUCUCUGGAGACAAGCCUGAUAUGCGAUGCUUGGAGCUGCACAGAGAAAGACUGGGGAGAAGAGCAUGUUUGCGGUCUCACAGACUUAAGUUGGAUUUGCGUGAGCUAAUAACUCACGAACACUGAAGCACUUUUAACUUGUUUAUAGUGUGUACAUUUAAUAUAUGGGGGAAGACGUGUGAUGACAGCAAGCCCUGCCUCAACCUACCUGUGCAGUUCUUAUGCACGUGCAAACUAUGCAUUAAUAAAAUUACAGUAGCAGACCUCGACAACAGUGCACUUAUCUCUUGUUGACAUCCCUUUGCUGUUCAUAGAAGAAGUCAGAGCACUGAAUUAUUUCCCUGUGACAUUAAUUUCAUUUUGGCGCUGUGAUUUUUUUAAAAAAUUAAACUUUGCUUACGCAGUCCACACAACAAUAGGUUAUUUCCAUCUUGACUACAAUAUGUGUUCUAACUUCCAGUUAACACAAAAAAUUGCAGAUACAGUAGCUGUGUUGGUCCAUUAGAAAACACAAUCAUACAGUAAUACUUUUGUUGGGACCAGGCCAAAAUGUUUCAUAAUAUUGUGAGCAAUGUUUUGUGCGCUCUAAAACUCUUUCUCAGUCUGAAUGUUGCACAAAUCCAGGAUGGGAGAAAAAGUUUGGGCAUGAGAUUUCCUAAAGACUGCAUUUUAUAACAUUCUUAAGAUGGAAUGAGUUAUGUAGCAGACAUAAUUUAGCCUCACUGGAUGACAGAUGGAUUGCAGGAAUUCUCCAGGCUGCUGGGACAUGGAAGCAAUUGUGGCAAUUCCCCACUUUUUAGAAAAUCUAACUCUGUUCCGAACCUUAAUUUCAGACAAAGCAUAGAUGCUUUGCAGUCUUCCUGAAAUGUCUAUACAGAACCUUUAGCUUGAGAGAAGAAAAGCAUUAACUGUCUUUUGUCCUGAUUCCCUUGCAGACGAGAAUUUGAAACAGGAUCCUUUAUUGUGAAUGCAAAUUCUGUUUUUAUGAAAGACACUGUCUUUCUCUAUAGUAGCUGCUGUAAUUACUGGAUUAUAUUCUGAUACGCCCAUUUGGAGAUUGCUCCAAAUGUACGUUACGAUGAGGACCUGUUACCAAUGGCCAAAAUACUGAUCUGGAUUCAAAGAAGUUAUUCAGCUAGUUUUAUGAGCCUGAGAAGUUCUAAUAUGAUGGAUGAUCAGCCGUUUGAUGUGAAUUGGGGCCAGAUGCUCAGUGUCCAGAUUUCCAUAGAGCUAAAGCGGCUCUUUGAAUCCUGACCACUGAUUGUUUGCAAACCACUAAUUAUCAUUUUAAAUAGCUGCUGUUGGGGAAUAUUCACUUGGUACUGGUGCACUUUUAAAAUCAUUUGCUGCAUUCCUAUUCACACAGUGGGACUUCUGAGAAAAUCUGCAUAGAAUUGCAGUCUUCAUAUAGUUAUUUGUUGAAUGUGCGUUGGAAGAAAACAUUCAGAAGGCAUUCACUAAUUGUACAAUUCUCUGUUUCACUUGACAGUUCCCAGCAAUCAGUUGAGCAACAGAUAAGCAUUUGCUUUGCAUCCUUGAAUACUGCAUUUAAUCUUAAAUGAAAGCACACCAGUGAGGGGAAGUAAUGUUUAUAGACAUCUUUUUUUUGUUACAGUCACAUUGACUUUUCUCCUCCAAUAAAUAAUGUUAAUGUAAGUACAGUAGUUGAAAGGGCUAAACAGGGAAGGACUGUUGCAAGUAGGAUGCUUGCAAUCUGUGGGAUUAAUUUUUCAUGCUGUUUUAACAAUUUAAUGCAGAAAGAAAUGGUUUUGUAGGAAGAGCUCAUUUAAUUGUGCACAUACUAGUGUGCAAAUCAUGUUCUCCAAAGUUUAAAAAGCAUGCACUGUAGUAUAUUCUACUGUUACUCUGUAUAUUUUUUUACACUGCCUGUAGUUCUCUUGAAAUGAAAUAUCACGUCCAAAUUUUAAA